AUGGACCCCAGUGCCCGCAAGCCCACCUCUGCUCUUUCUGUCAGGAAGUCUGCUCAAACCAGGCGGGAUGGGAGCCCCAAAUCUAGCUGGGGGGUCCUUGUUCCUGUAGGACUGAGUGAGCCGGAUGUGCCCCAAGAAGGAGAUGCGGGCCCUUGGGGAGCCCCCCUGCUGCCCUCGGGGGCACUAGGGAGCAGCAGCCUGAGCAGAGACAGCCGGGAAGAGGGAGUGACGCUGGCCCCUCGGAACCCAGCCCAGUCAGGGGACGAUCUUCCCGAACCCGGGCUGAUCAGGACGGCCCCCUCCGCUGCCCUGUCCACCGUGCUGCCUGAGGAGGCCGCCACCAAGCGCGCUCUCCCCUCCGGGAAGAGGCUGCCUUCUCUCAAGCAGGUGAACUCGGCCAGGAAACAGCUGCGGCCCAAGGCCACGUCCGUCCAGAGAGCUCUAUCCCAGCCCGCACCCUCCGGCCCUGGGCUCCUCUCCUCCGCCACCGAGAAGCCCCGCCCCCCGGAGGACCCCCAGCCUGCAGCCUCCGAGCCUCUGCGGCUGGACGGGAAGGCGGGUGCGGCCCCCACGACGCCCGCGCCCCUGCAAAUCUCCCCCUUCACCUCCCAGCCCUAUGUGGCCCACACGCUCCCCCAGAAGCCGGACCCUGGGGAGCCCUCCGUGCCGGAUGACCCCCACGAAGCGCCCCCUGAGGACGCUAGUCCCAUGACCUUUAUGGACAAAGGCGAGAACGAGCUGACCGGGUCAGCCUCCGAGGAGAGCCAGGAGACCACGACGUCCACCAUCAUCACCACCACGGUCAUCACGACUGAGCAGGCUCCGGCGCCCUGCAGUGUGAGCUUCUCCGAUCCUGAAGGGUACAUCGACUCCAGUGACUACCCACCACUGCCCCUCAACAGCUUCCUGGAGUGUACGUACAACGUGACCGUCUACACCGGCUACGGCGUGGAGCUCCAGGUGAAGAGCGUGAACCUGUCUGAUGGGGAGCUGCUCUCCAUCCGCGGGGUGGAUGGCCCUGCCCUGACCGUGCUAGCCAACCAGACUCUCCUGGUCGAGGGACAGGUCAUCCGGAGCCCCACCAACACCAUCUCUGUCUACUUCCGGACCUUCCAGGACGACGUCCUCGGGACCUUCCAACUGCACUACCAGGCCUUCAUGCUGAGCUGCAGUUUCCCUCACCGGCCCGACUAUGGGGAUGUCACAGUGAUGGACCUGCACUCAGGCGGGGUGGCCCACUUCUACUGCCACCUGGGCUAUGAGCUCCAGGGGGCCAGGACGCUGACCUGCAUCAACGCCUCCAAGCCCCACUGGAGCAGCCAGGAACCCAUCUGUUCAGCCCCUUGUGGAGGAGCUGUGCACAAUGCCACCAUCGGCCGUGUCCUCUCCCCAAGUUACCCUGGAAACGCCAAUGGGAGUCAGUUCUGCGUGUGGACGAUCGAAGCUCCAGAGGGCCAGAAGCUGCAUCUGCAUUUUGAGAGACUGUCGUUGCAUGAGAAGGACAGGAUGAGGGUUUACAGCGGCCUCAUCAACAAGUCCGCUCUUCUCUACGACUCCCUCCAAACCGAGAGCGUCCCCUUUGAGGGUCUGCUGAGUGAGGGCCACAGCAUCCGCAUUGAGUUCACCUCCGACCAGGCACGGGCAGCCUCCGCCUUCAACAUCCGGUUCGAGGCCUUUGAGAAAGGCCACUGUUACGAGCCCUACAUUCAGAAUGGGAAUUUCACCACAUCCGACCCGACCUAUAACAUCGGGACCACAGUGGAGUUCACCUGCGACCCCGGCCACUCUCUGGAGCAGGGUCCGGCCGUUAUUGAGUGCAUCAAUGUGCGGGACCCGUACUGGAACGACACAGAGCCCCUGUGCAGAGCUGUGUGUGGCGGGGAGCUCUCUGCCGUGGCCGGGGUGGUGCUGUCCCCGAACUGGCCAGAGCCAUACGUGGAAGGUGAAGAUUGUGUCUGGAAGAUUCACGUCGGGGAAGAGAAACGGAUCUUCUUAGAUAUCCAAUUCCUGAACCUGAGUAACAGCGACAUACUGACUAUCUAUGAUGGCGAUGAGGUCAUGCCUCACAUCUUGGGGCAGUACCUUGGGAACAGUGGCCCCCAGAAGCUGUACUCGUCCACACCAGACCUAACCAUCCAGUUCCACUCAGAUCCUGCCGGCCUCAUCUUCGGGAAGGGCCAAGGAUUUAUCAUGAACUACAUAGAGGUGUCACGGAAUGACUCCUGCUCAGACUUGCCUGAGAUCCAGAAUGGCUGGAAAACCACUUCUCACACGGAGCUUGUGAGAGGAGCCAGAAUCACCUACCAGUGUGACCCCGGCUAUGACAUCGUGGGGAGCGACACCCUCACCUGCCAGUGGGACCUCAGCUGGAGCAGCGACCCCCCAUUUUGUGAGAAAAUCAUGUACUGCACCGACCCCGGGGAGGUGGACCACUCGACCCGCCUAAUCUCGGACCCCGUGCUCCUGGUGGGCACCACCAUCCAGUACACCUGCAACCCGGGCUUCGUGCUGGAAGGAAGCUCGCUUCUGACCUGCUACAGCCGCGAGACGGGCACGCCCAUCUGGACGUCGCGCCUGCCCCACUGCGUUUCGGAGGAGUCCCUGGCAUGUGACAACCCCGGCCUACCUGAAAACGGGUACCAGAUCCUGUACAAGCGGCUCUACCUGCCGGGAGAGUCCCUCACCUUCAUGUGCUACGAGGGCUUUGAGCUCACGGGCGAAGUGACCAUCCGAUGCAUCCUGGGACAGCCAUCCCACUGGAACGGGCCGCUGCCCGUUUGUAAAGUUAAUCAAGACAGCUUUGAACACGCAUUAGAAGUAGCAGAAGCGGCAGCAGAGACGUCGCUGGAAGGGGGAAACAUGGCGCUGGCGAUCUUCAUCCCCGUUCUCAUCAUCUCCUUACUGCUGGGAGGAGCCUACAUUUACAUCACCAGAUGUCGCUAUUACUCCAACCUCCGCCUGCCCCUGAUGUACUCCCACCCCUACAGCCAGAUCACCGUGGAAACCGAGUUUGACAACCCCAUUUACGAGACGGGGGAAACCAGGGAGUAUGAGGUAUCCAUUUAAGGCAAGCUACGUGUGAGAAGGGAACUCACAGAUAUGAGCUCAACUACAACCUCCACAAGAGAUUCAUCCAGAGACCACGUGGCAUUUGAUUGAAACUCCAGAAUGUCUUGUCCGUCUUUUCUUUAGACUCUUUAUUGAAGAUUUACUGAGUUUUUUUCUUCACUGUAUUUAUUAUAUUUAAAAUUGAGAUAGGUGUGCUUGGGGGCAGGCAGAUUCAUGUGACAGUCUCAAGUCUGAGAGCUGGUAGAAGACCAGCAAAAUGACCAACGUGGAGGCAGAGGGGAAGAAAGACAAAAGCAGAGACUGGGUUUCUCCAUCAGCCACUCCGGGCAACGGCGGCCUCAGCCUCCCGCAUCUUUGGGAUCCAUGCCCAUGGUGCUUUUAGGACAAAUCCAAGCCUCCAGAUUAGAUUGGAAAAAGUAUCUCUUGGUGGAUUAACUUGAGUUGGACUCAAGCCUGAACAGGUCUGCUCCCAACCAAAUCCUGGGUUCGCUCUUCCAAUGUUCUCCGCUUCUCCGAGAUCUGGCCACGGCCCCUCGCCUCCCCCGGUCCUCUUGAAGGUGGCAGAGGUGUUAAAGUGAACAUUCUUAUUUGCCACCCUGGCUUCACUGGAUGCUGGCAGAAUCGGAAAAUGUUUCAGGGUAGAUGAGAAAUCGGAAAAAGCUGAUGAAGCAUGGGGGUGACGGGGACGUUGAGGGAGGAUCCAGUCAAUAAAAUGUUCUUUCCUUUGACAACUCCUUCAGUGGCAAAAGGGAAGGUUAUUUAUGCUGCAAGUGCCACAGUCCAUCACCUUGUUCUGCAAGGCCACCCUCGAGCUGGGACAGUAGAUCUGCGGGCUUUGGAGCCAUGGGGAACCUCAGCCACAUAGUUCCAAGGGUUUGUGUUCUGGGGUCGGGGGGAGGUACCACAUCCCGAAAUCCAGGGAUGAGUUCUGUCUGUGUUCCUGGAAUACUGCAGCGCCUGAGCCCUUAAAAUAAGGGACACUUGCAUGCCCUGUUUCUCUAAAAGUUGUCAGAAGAUACUUGUAAUCCAGUAUUUCAGAAGGGCCCUAUGAGCAGAAACUGCUUUUCUGGUCUCCGGGGCUCUACCCAGAUGUUAGACAGUGGCAUGCGUGCUGACUGUGGAGGAGCAGAAAAACGGGAGCAGGGGAUUUAAAACCAGAACAGGAUCCUGGUCAUAAAAUUUGAUCCCCACAGGGGACAGAAGGAGGAGUUUCAGGCAGGAAGGGAGACCCUAAUGCCUCAUUCAUCACCCGCACAUCCUCAGAUUUUACCUGCGUCCUUUUGCUCCAACCCAGUGUGACUGGUGAGUGUGUGGCUGUCGGGAAGACUCUCCUCAAAUACAGGUGUAAAAAAAAGGCAAGGGGUGAGACUACAUGGAAAAAAUAGUACGUGCAAGGUAAGGGUGCCUCCCUGGGACCGUCUCCUCCCUGGUGAUGGCCGGUGGCUCAGAGAAAGACAGCCUCCGUACUCUUGGAGCCCCACUUUGGCGCCCUCCCACAGUCUCCAGAAUUGUUCUGUCAGCUGUUUUUCAAACAAAAAGGAGCCUUCUGGCUGCCAUGCCCUUGAGAGAAUGGCUGGAGUCCAUAUUUUGGUAGCUUGUCUAGGCAGCGCUAGGACAGGCGAGGGCAGUUGGCUUUGACGCAGCCUUCUUCUGGCCGGAAACCUGGGGUUCACUCCUGGGGGAAUCUGAGGCCCAAUAGUUUCUCCUUCUUCCAGAAAAGAAUCCUGCUCAUAAGCUCCUUAAGGCAUGCAUUCCUGAUGCCCCAGAAGAGAGAUCAGUCUGCCACCCAAAACCCACCCCAUUUUAUGCAAAACAAAAACCCAGAGAGGAAUCAUUGCCGGUCUCUGGUCAGCAGCAGCGUCCUGUUUGGAGAAGGUCCAAUGAUGCAAAUAAGGCAACCUUUUUUUAAAGGGCAGAAUCCAAUCUUAAACUUUUAUUUCUACUCGAUGCUUAUUCUAACCCUAACUCUGGGUCAUCUGGAAGGAAGAACUGUAUUAAUGAUAUUUGAUUUUAGAACAUACUAUGGUUCCAUGGAAACUAAACAUUUGCCUUUCAUCAAGACUGACAAAACAUGAGAUCCUUACUGGCUGUUGGAGGGAUAGAAAAGGUGUGGAUUUUUUUCAGGGUACUGAUGUCUUAGUUCCGUCUUAGCAGUGCAGCACAUAGACCCGUGUUUUGAACAUUUAUUUUCACCUAAAGAUGGAUCGUGUGAGCUUGGCAACGUACAGUGUGACUGAAAAGACAGGUUGGUGUCCGUUUUUCUUUUUAGAAUAUCUGAAUGUGUAUUUGUAAUAUGUAAAGGUAAAAAGAUAACAAUAGUGCCAAAAAUGUACCGUGCAUUUCAUUUCGGCUCCUACGUGUCUGUUUUUAUAAGAUCAAUGUUAAAACCCGUUGGGAUUCAAUAUUUUUGAACCGGAUACACCCUUGAGCAACUUGAGAACCAACUGGACCUUCCUACAAGCCACUCUUUGUUUUCCAAACAGUGGGGAAAUCCGUUUACAGAGCUUGGAGCCUCGGAGAGCACAUGCGAUGGUGUGUAUGUUACGCACCACUGCACUUCGACUGUGUCUGUCAGCUUUAAAAACGCACAGGCCAUCGACUCUCUUCGGCUUGGAACUCAUCUUUCUGCUUUUUUAGGGGGUGAGGAGGAGUAGAAUUCUUUAGCCGACGUAAGUAUUCUGGUCGCUACUUGAGGGCCAUCCUUACUUCGUCCCACAGACACGCUUUAAAUAUGAUCUUUUGAAGCCAGCUCCUUGCAAAGCCUACGGAGCCUCAGGCUGACAGCUUCGGGAGCUGCCAAACUGCCCUCCAGGAGCCCCAGUGGCCACAUCAUCAUCGGGAUGGUUUUAUGUGCGGAAGUGACGUGGUAAAUGUAAGAGUAGAUUUAGGCUGAGCGUGAGCCUUGGGCCAAAAAAUGACCUUUCUUUGGAGCAAAUCCAAAGGGUAUGACUUUCCUAUGCCCUUGCGUCGUCAUGGGGGAGGGGGUCAUUCGAGGUCAGAGAUCACGGAGCUGUCCAGCGCCCUCCAAGGUAGGCUUUCUCCUGGGACGUUUUCAUUUUCAUUUUAUCUCCAAACGGAAGAAAAAGCAAAACAAACUUUCUAAGCUAGAAUAAUGAAGUCAAGUCAUUUUCCACUUUGUAUAUAUUGAUGCUAAUAAAACAAAUGAAAAAGAGGCAAA